GGCGACGGCGAAGAACUUGAACAUCUUGGAGGAUUGGGUUGUUUUGAUUUGCUUUCAAAUGAAACUGAUGACAACUGCUGGAUGAACACGCCGUUUUAUACCCGACCAGACCACCCACAAUUAGCCUUGGCACUUAAGCUUAGUAGUAAUACAUUUCUUGGCCCACCAUUUAAUUAGCCAAAGUACUCGCACUCGUACCUAAAUGCGUUCGCUGAAGCCAACUGCGUAUAGUGGUUAAGUACGUGACUGGCCUGAACAACAUAAUUUAGUUUUCGGCCGGAGACCUUGCAAGGUCGCUGGGCAUUCGACUGUGGGGCUAUAAAAACCCCGACUCUGGACUGUUUUAGACAUCAGUUGCAUUUGUUCAACCCGACAAGUAAUACCAAAAAACCAAUCCUCCCAAGAUGUUCAAGUUCGUCGCCGCCGUUAUCUUCGCUCUGUUUGCCUGCGCCGCCGCCAAGCCCGGAAUCGUGGCUCCUCUGGCCUACUCCGCCCCCUACGUGGCCUCCCCCUACGUGGCGUCUCCCUACGUGGCAUCUCCCUACGUGGCAUCUCCCUAUGUGGCUGCCCCCUACACCGCCGCCUACACCGCCUCCUACGCCGCUCCGUACGCUGCCUACACUGCUCCCUAUGCCGCUGCCUACUCCGCCCCUCUUCUACUGAAGAAGUAGGUUCCCGGAAGGAUGACCAACACCGGAGGAUAACAGAUGGACACUCGCAAUGAAACUGAAAUAAACUCGCAAACAAACGAAA